AUGACGCACGUGCCCCUUCGUCUGGGCUCUACACGGACGACACUGAGGCCUUCCAGCGCUGCUGCUGCUCCGCUGCUCGUCUCAGAGGGUCCGUCAUUGACGAACGCGUCGCUGGCGCGAGUGUGUCACGUGUGCACGUUGCGCGAGGCGCGAUACACGUGUCCGCGUUGCAACAUGUCGUACUGCUGUGUGGACUGCUACCGCGCGCAUGGCCAGAGCUGCACAGAGCCGUUCUUCGAGAGCCACGUACGCAGUGAGAUGCAGUUGAGGGAGAGUGGACGAGACAAUAGCGACCAGGAGAAGACAAAGCAGCAGCAACAGAAGAGCGUCCAGGAGCUGCUGGAGCGUGUUCGCGAGUUCCAAGAAGAGCAGCAGCAGCAGUUGACGUGUACAGAAGACAGCGGAGAAGCGCUGGUAGACAGACUGCAAGAGCUGAUGCUGAUGGAGAAGGCGGGGGAGUUGACACUGGAGAGCUUGACGCCCGAGGAGAAGAAGAUGUUUUUGGGCCAAGUGGCAAACGGACGACUGGGAAAGCUCGUGGAGCUCUGGUCGCCGUGGUGGCUGCUGUCGGAGCACCAAUACCGCAGGGAGACGCUGACUCGACGACAGGAGUUGAUAUUGGAGGAGAUAGGAAGUCGGGACAAUGAAGAAGAGGAAGCCGUGACGGUGAGACUCGAGGUGUUGUAUCCUGUGGGCGUGUUUACAACCACAGAGGCGCGGAAGAUGCCUCAGCGUAUCGACGCGCUACUGCCUGAUGGAAGAAAGCCGUCGCCGUGUCUACGCUGGCACUUGAUCGAACUGGUCUUUGGCUACACACUGGUGCUGCGUGCUUUCAACGGCGACUACGAGCAAGAUGCAGCAGAAGCAGCGCUGAUGCUACUGGACUUGUGCCAGGUCUUGAGUGCGGAUGCUCGUUACGAGUCGCUUGAGCACGUCUGCCUCGUGUGUCUGGAAAAGACGUCUGAUGGCGGCCGUGCUGCGAAUGCGUUGGCUAUCCACGAUACGCAGCGAAUUGUACGCUCCAACGUGUUUCUGCUCGAUGCCCUCAGCGACAUGCGCGUGCUGUUGGAAAAGUACAAACAAGAGCUCGAGCAGAGCGAUGGGUUCGACAAACGCGCUAGAAAGGAGCAGAAGACAGCGAUAAGAAAACUCGCAGUCGUGCAGAAGAAACUGCAGUUCUACCAGACCUGGGCGUACCUGACAUCGACCGAUGAGUUCCAAGAGCUCGCGACAGAGAUCAAAGCUUACGUGAGAGACAAAGAUCUGUUCAAUUAG